AUGUUCCUCCUGAAGCGACGGAGCAGCUCGAAGCACCACCGCGCCUCGUCGUGGGGCAGUCUCCUUGACCGUCCCAAGAUCCCUCCGGCGCCGGUCCCCGAGAUCCCAACUUCUCGGUUGGACAAAGAGCCACCCUGCAUCCCCGAGCUGGGACUGCUGGCGCGGCGCAACUCGAUCUCCGGAGGGGUGGAAGAGACACUCACCGAUGAGACUCAGUCCGCUGAGUCGGUCACACCACCGCGCGCCUCGACGCCAGCUCCAAGACCAUCGACCCCAGCGAGAGCCUCCUCCCCUCGACCGUCGACCCCGAUGGCUACCCCAAAGUCUGCACCGCGGCCGUGCACCCCCGCGCGCACCCCAAGCGGGGAGAAGCCCUCUGCCCCCUCAACGCCACAUUACCAGAAGGCCCGCCCGUCGACGGCAGAGCCCACGCCAGAGCGGCGCAUGUCGAGCCCGCCGCCUCGCAAGUCGUCUCCGCCCUCGCGCGCAGCAGCACUUAGGAAGUCGCUCCUCCCCGCGCGCAAGGCGAGCAAGAUGGCAAUGCCCGAGACACCCAAGAGAUUCAAGGACAGCAUCUCGGCACCGACUCCCGUGCCCGGACGCACGCCCUCGAUGCCCUCUAUCGAUAUCGGGGCGGCGGCGUCACAGGGGUCAUCGCCACCGAGCCGCCGCCCCUCUAUUCCCAAGUCGGAUGAGGAGGUCAAGCCCCCUGACCGCCCGGACCGUACUCCAACGCCAGGCUGCGAGGCGACUGCAACAACCCGCCGCCCGCCCGCGCCGUCGUACAGCUCGGACUCGCUUCGCUCGAACGAGUACCGCCUCCCGUCCGCUUCGCCGAGUGACUUCCAGCGCACGAUGGAGAGGCUGUCCCUCUCGGCCGUUGGAUCAAGGCACUCGGUCGGCUACGGCUUCGUGCCGUACUUGCCUCUGUCCGAGUCGCCGGCGCCGAUGACGCCGCCCCGUGUGGCCUCCCCGCCUGUCAUUGCCACUCCACCUUCUCGGGCAAGCACGCCGCCGAUCCGUGUCCACUCCCCGCCGACGAUACGUUCCUACGUACCGCUCCCGCUUGAGCCGCAGACCACGGGGGUUAGCUACAAUGAGCCGAUCACGCGAUACGCGACCCCGCUCUCGGUGCCGGAGCUGCCGCUGCCUCAGACCGCUGAGGUCCUGACACGCUCGACGUCUACCGCAUCCUCCGGCUCUGGAGUGCCCUCUCUCUCCUCAUCGCUCAACUCCUGCUCCGAGUCUGACGAGGAUCUACCGCCGCUGCAUCGUCCCUCACUCGCUGCCCUCGAGGCUGACGCCGACACCGAGGUUGACCCAGAACUACCGCCCUUCAAUGCUCUACUCCUGUUACAUAACGACAAGCCCGGCCGCAAACCCGUACCGAGGGAGACACUCUGGCGCCGUGCCAGCGUGGCCGGCGCGCCACCUGUGCCUCCGCGCCGCCGGUCAGAGGGCUGGCGCCUCGAGUUGCUCCGGAUAGUGCGCGGGUUCGACGACGUGGCCACGGCGAAAGAGGAGCGCGACGUCGUGCGCAAAGUGGGAGAUCCAGGGCUCGGGGAACGCGAGGCACUGAACGUUGUGCGCAUGUUUGUGGAUGAGAUUCACGCCAGGGUUAGGCUUGGGGAGAGGUGUCGCGGGUUCGGGCUGUGA